AUGGCGGACGAUGAAGUGGAGACCUACAAGCUUUGGCGAGUUCGGAAAACAAUUAUGCAGAUGUGUCAUGACAGAGGAUACCUGGUAACGCAAGAAGAGCUGGAUCAAACGUUAGACAACUUUAAAGAAAUGUUUGGCGACAGGCCGAGUGAGAGGAAGCCGUCUCGUAAUGAAUUAACGAUUCUGGUGGCUCAUAAUGAUGAUCCUACUGAUCAAAUGUUUGUGUUCUUCCCGGAAGAUGCCAAAAUAGGCAUAAAAACUAUUAAGGCAAUUUGUCAGCAAAUGCAAGAGCAAGCAAUCACUCGCGCUAUCAUUGUUGUUCAGGCUGGUAUGACUCCAUCAGCGAAACAGGCGAUUGGUGAUAUGGCUCCUAAAUACAUGCUAGAGCAGUUUUUAGAAGCUGAAUUAAUGGUCAAUAUUACGGAACAUGAGUUGGUACCAGAACACGUUGUUAUGACAAUUGAGGAAAAAGCUGAAUUGUUAGCAAGAUACAAGCUAAAGGAAAGUCAGUUACCGCGUAUUCAACAGAGUGAUCCUGUUGCUCGAUAUUUUGGAUUACGGCGGGGCCAAGUGGUAAAGAUUAUUAGACCGUCGGAAACUGCUGGGAGAUAUAUUUCUUAUCGUUUAGUUGUAUAG